AUCUCAAAUACAUACAGCUGCUAUAGAACCUAAUAUUGGAGUGGUGGAGUGAUCAACAUUUUUGAAUCUUCUGCCUUCAAUUUACACAAAUGACCUCAACUAAUUGAACUGACAAGACUAUUGUGUGUUUGUUUUAAGUGUUUAAUUGUCCUUCUGUUUAAAAACACAAUCUGGGCGACAUGGCUUCAGGAAGACCUAUUAAAUGUGUGGUUGUUGGCGAUGGAACUGUUGGAAAGACGUGUAUGCUUAUUUCGUAUACUACGGACAGCUUUCCCGGUGAAUACGUUCCCACGGUCUUCGACAACUAUUCAGCUCCAAUGGUAGUGGACGGAGUGCAAGUUUCACUCGGGUUAUGGGACACUGCUGGACAGGAGGAUUAUGACCGGUUACGACCGCUCUCGUACCCACAAACCGAUGUAUUUCUCAUAUGUUUUAGCGUGGCAAGCCCUUCAUCGUUCGAAAAUGUUACCUCCAAAUGGUACCCGGAGAUCAAACAUCACUGUCCGGAUGCACCCAUCAUCCUUGUCGGAACCAAAAUUGAUUUGCGAGAAGAUCGCGAAACACUGAGCGCAUUAGCGGAGCAAGGUUUGUCGGCGCUUAAACGUGAACAAGGACAAAAAUUGGCCAACAAAGUUCGCGCGGUGAAGUAUAUGGAAUGCUCUGCUUUAACACAACGUGGGUUAAAGCAGGUUUUCGAUGAAGCCGUAAGAGCGGUACUGCGGCCGGAACCACUGAAACGACGUCAACGAAAAUGUGUUGUGAUGUAAGAAUAGAAGUCUUCUGUGCAUUUGAUGCUCUACCCGAAAUCUCUUGUACAUAGGAUUAAGUUGAAAGUACACAAAGCAAAAAAUCUGAGCAAAUACUCUAUCCUCUGUUCGAUGGAGGUUUCUAGGAGAAAAAACAUACGAUAUGAAGUUGCGAACAGCGGAUAGUUUUACUCUAAACAAAAAACUUCCCGUAUAGUGUAACUGGCGAAUUUUUACAUUAACACUUUUUCGUGCCAUCGCAAAAAAGCAUCACAACGGUAACGUACGAAACAAAACGUACCCUGUUCAUAUAAUGUUCGAAUACCUCACACACAGCGGUAAAACCUGCAUGCUUUUGGUUUGAAAGACUGCUUUGGAAUUUUGUAUAAUGUUUACAAGCCCAAUUAAAUCAACUGAUAAUGCCGAGUUUUAACUAAAACAGAAAAAAAUCUGUAAAUGUGCUUAUUUUUGCAUCCAUCUUUGAAGGCCUAAGUUUGAAUUGUCAAAGAAUAUGAAGUUUAUCUUAUAUUCUCAUUUACCAUUGCUAGGCGUAGUAACAAUUUAUAGCGUAAUACAGUUGAAAUGGUGUUGACAAGUUUACCAAGAAGAUUUCAAAAGACAUAGCUCGAUCAAAACAAUAAUACAGUUCAUACUCAAACGAAAUGAUUCCGUAAUCUAAUUGUUUUUGUUAUGUAAAUGAUUUUUUUAACUUAUUUGAGGAAAAAAAAUUAAAUCUAAAUACACGUGUCUUGUCAUUUAGUCGAUGGUCCUCGUGCCAACCUGGUAUGAAAAUUUAGUAGGGAAAAUCCGUACAUUUGAAUUUCUUGAUAUUUCUGUGAAACAAUGUACAACAAUAGGAAAUUUUAUAGUCCUCUUUCGUCAAUAAUAAGUAAAACUGUCUGAAAUGUGUCCUUUGAUCAUUUCUUAACUAUUAUAUUUAGAGUAGCAAUACUAUCAAAAUGCACGUAGGCGAUUGAGUCUGCAAAAAAUUCUACCAUCUCAGUACUAAGAAACGCUACAAGAUGAAAAACUGAAAAAAGAAAUUUUCACAACAGAAAAUUUAUUUGGUUAAGUGUGAUUGCUUAUAUCACACAAAAUAGCAUAGCUUACGGUUCGUUUUAAUGUGACUCCCACUUGGCAUGCAAUAGUGCAAUUCAUUCGGAUUCGUCUAUCCACGAGUAUGACAGUAGACUUUUAGAUUUUUUUUCAACUAAGUACGAGACUCGAGAGUCACAAUACUAAUCAUAUUUCCAGUCGGUAUAUUGAUCAAUGCCAAUAACGAACGAUGCAACGAGACUGAAUGAAGCACAAGCAAUUUUUUCCUCUAUCCGUUUUUCUAUACGAUUUUAAGUUCACACAAGUUCUGCACAUCAAAACCGACACUUGAAAACAAGCGAAAAAAACAGUUUUAGCUCUCGGUUUCAGUAAAUAGAAAUGGUAAAUCUAGUCACUGGUGUACGAUGAAAACUUUUGAAAUCAAGCUUCGAUGCACCGAAAACAGAUAAUAAUUAAAACAGGCUACAACAAACGUCAAUUUCCGGUAAUUACGCGAACAAAUGAUGUAAUCGAACAACAAGUAAAUUUUGGAGUACCCUUGAUGUAUUAGUCUAAUUAUUUAAACAUCGUAACAUUUUUUGCUCUUGCAAAAAAUUAAAACUGGGUUUUUCAUAUCAUCAUAGGUUAUACAAAUGUGUACGAUAGUGUUACGUCUGGCAGAAAUGCAUUCUUAAGAUAACAUCAAUCAACAAUUAUUUAAAUGUAAAUUAGUUUAGCCGGCAAUUGACCCUAACUUACCUGUCUAUUUGAAGGCUUUUUAAAGUAAUCAUAUUUUAUCUCGACACUCAAACUCUGAAUGACUAAAGCCAAAGCCAAAUCCUGCAGAUCACGUUGCGGACAGUGAAAAGACGUGAGGGACAUUAAAAUGUUAAUGAUAGUCAGAUUUCUUUUUUAUUCCGCUAAAUUGUGUAUUAUCUUUCUCCAUCUUUUCUCCUACUUCGAUUUACAUGACAUACGAAACGACGUACACAAAGCUAUUGCUAGUUGAAUUACAUGAUUUUUUUUCUCGUUUUUUAUAAGCAUUUAGUGGUUUUCUUAUCUCUACACUUCUAAUCACAUUUUUUGAAUGAUUGUAUCAUAUGA